AUGCAAUACGUCAUAGUGGAGGAUGAGGCAUUUGGCUUAUGUGAAAAUUUAAUGAGACCUUAUGGAGGUAGGAGUUUAACAGCGAAGAAGAAACAAAUCUUCAACUAUAGACUGUCUCAGGCAAGGCGGUACAUAGAAUGCACGUUUGGGAUUUUAGCCAACAAAUGGAGAAUUUUUCACCGUCCACUAGAUGUCCGACAGGAACUUGCAAUUGCCAUAGUACAAGCAUGCUGUGUCUUACAUAACUACGUGCGCGAAAGAGACGGGUAUAUAUUUCAAGACACACUGUACGUUCCACCAGAACUGGAAAUAACCGCGGGACCCACAAAUAGAGGCAGCCGAUCAUCAGCAUCUUAUAGGGAUUUAUUUGCGGAUUAUUUUAUUGAUGCAAAUCCGUUAGAAUGGCAAAACAGAUAUGCAUUAAAAUAG